AUGUCGUCAGCCAUCAUCUCCGCCGACGACGCUCUCGAGCCCACGCUCCAGUCCCUCCUCGACCAACGUUCUCUUCGCUGGAUCUUUGUCGGCGGCAAAGGCGGCGUCGGCAAGACCACCACAUCGUGCUCCCUGGCCAUUCAGCUCGCCAAGGUCCGCCGCUCAGUGCUCCUGAUUUCCACCGACCCAGCGCACAACCUCUCCGAUGCGUUUUCUCAAAAGUUCGGCAAGGAGGCCCGUCUGGUCAAUGGCUUCGACAACCUGAGCGCCAUGGAGAUUGACCCCAACGGCAGCAUGCAGGAUCUCUUGGCCGGCCAGGGCGAGGAAGACAUGAACGCCAUGGGCGGCGGCAUCGGUGGCAUGAUGCAGGAUUUGGCAUUUGCUGCAAGUUACACUCCUCCUUGA